UGGACCAAAAUCAACCAUUGGCUUACGCAAAUCGUUAGCCACUCCACGGUUCUCCCCCGGCUAAAACUCAAUUUGGGAUAUAUCUCGAAGUUUAGGUUGCGGUUAGGGUUUUAUAUCUGAGGCUAUCUUUGUUUACUGAAGUAAUGUCGACGGCGGCGCAUCGGGCGGCGGUGAAACCAGCGAUGCGGAAGCCGGUGUUUGUGAAGGUGGAUCAGUUGAAGCCGGGGACGAGUGGCCAUACUCUCGUGGUGAAGGUGGUCAAUUCGUUCUCGGUGUUGCAGAAGGGACGGGCGGCUUCGGCGCACUUACGGCAGACGAGGAUUUCCGAAUGCCUCGUCGGUGACGAGACAGGGUCAAUCAUAUUCACUGCUCGCAACGACCAGGACAUAAUGACACCUGGUGCCACAGUGAUCAUUCGCAAUGCUAAGAUUGAUAUGUUUAAGGGGUCAAUGCGUUUGGUCGUAGACAAGUGGGGACGUGUUGAGGUCACUGAACCUGCCAACUUCAACGUAAAAGAUGGUAACAACUUGUCACUUGUCGAGUAUGAGCUCGUCAACGUUGCUGAAGAGUGAAAGUAGCAUCCUUGCAAAAUAUCUUUUGGAUCGAGAAAGCUUUUAAUGUGCUCUUUCCUGCUCGUUUAACCUUGCAUUCCUAGUUCUUGAGUUGCUUAAGAAGGCAGUUCUUUCAGGAGCAGCACAUGAAAGUAUUUGUAGUAGCCUUGUAGCCGCUUGUGAUGUAUUUUGUUUCUUUUUUGACAUAUAUUUCAUGUGAUUUAGGUGUAUUGGCUCGUGGAUGGUUUAUGGAAGGACGUAAAUGAACUAUCAAACUCUUUUUUGGAGUAUAGUUAUUUUAUAAAACCUGAAUGUUAUGAGAUUUUAAUUUCAUUAUUUGUUUUGGCUGA